AUCGUGAUCGCCCUUGUGACCAGGCAAAAGACUUUGGCACUUUUGGGGGAAAAGUGCUUACUCACCCCAGCGAUGCCGCACAUAUAUGAUUAGAGCGUCGAAGUUAUGUUCUUUGCUUGUGAUAACGUUUCCAACAAGCAUCUUGAAGUUUAUCACCCACAGAAACAUGCCUCAACUGAAACCAUUCGAACAACUCCCUCACAUCGAGCUCGUUAAUGGUGUGCUAGAUGAAAACGUCGGCAAAGUUCACAUGCCCGUCAUAGGUCUUGGCUGUUGGAGCGGGACCACACCCGAGACACAGGCUGCUGCAAAAGAAUGGAUUGUGACUGCUCUGAAAGCGGGUUACAAACAUUUGGAUACUGCUCACGGCUAUGGCACCGAGGGGUCGGUGGGCAAAGCUAUCCGAGAGUAUGCCGCCUCUAUUGGCUCGGACCCCGUAACCGAGCGAAGAAAGCUGUUUAUCACGACUAAACUUCCACCUCAGCACGGAAGGACGGUGGAAGAUUCAAUCAACGAGAGCCUGGCGCGAGCAGAAAUUGACUACUACGAUCUUUACCUCGUUCACUGGCCACAAUCCGAGAAUGCUUCUGGUGGCCUCGACGAGGCGUGGGACUUUACCCGAACAUGGGAGGGUAUGCAGAAGGUGUUGGAAAAGAAAUUGGUCAGGGCUAUCGGUGUCAGUAACUUUUCGAUUAAGAACCUCAAGAAGCUCCUGGAGGCACCGACGACAACUGUCUGGCCUGCGGUGAAUCAAGUAGAAUUGCAUCCUCUUUUGGCUCAACCUGGCCUUCUCGAGUACUGCAAGACCCUGACUAGGACUGGGAAGCCUGCACCAAUUUUCUUGACGGCAUAUACCCCUACAGGCUACGACACUGUACGAAGCAGCCCUAAGAUCGUGGAACUAGCCAAGAAGUACAGUACCUCGCCGGCGCAGAUCGUUCUCUCGUGGCAUGUCGCCAGGGGGGGUAUUGCUGUUCCUAAAUCAACGGACAUGCAGAGGCAGAAAGAUAACCUCAAUCUUUAUCAUCUCCCGCAAGAAGUGGUCGCCGAGGUGACUGCACUGGAUAAAGAGCAGCGACUCUGUAACAAGCCUGAUGCUGACGGCAAAGUUUGGGGAUGGACGAUGGAGCAGAUGGGGUGGUAAACUCUCCAAGCGCCCGUUCGGUGUAAUUACAUGAAACUUGAGCGCAUUUACAUGUUGUAUUUAU